AUGUGCCUGUGGCUCCCUCUGCUGGUAGUAUUGGGUUUGGUCCUUCUGUACAGAUGGCACCGACAAAGUCAAAUACUGGAAAACCUUACAGAUAAAUAUGUACUUAUCACUGGAUGUGACACUGGAUUUGGGAACCUACUAGCGAAGCGUCUAGACAAACGAGGCAUGAAAGUUUUGGCAGCAUGCCUGACUCCACAAGGGGCUGAAAAUCUGAAAGGGGAGACUUCUAGCAGACUACAUACUAUAAUUAUGGAUGUUGCUGACAGCAAAAGUGUGAAAUCUGCUGCAAAGUGGGCUGCUGAAAUUGUUGGAGAUGCAGGGCUCUGGGGUCUAGUAAACAAUGCUGGUAUUGGAUCUGGACUUACUCCUAAUUUAUGGCACACAAAGGAUGAUUUUGUUAAAGUGUUGAAUAUAAAUUUACUGGGAAUGGUUGAUGUGACGCUGAACAUGGCACCUCUUGUCAUAAAGGCAAGGGGGCGAAUCGUCAAUGUCUCUAGUGCUGCAGGAAGAAUUGCCAUAGUUGGAGGAGGAUACUGCCCAUCAAAAUAUGCUACAGAAGCAUUUUCCGACAGUCUAAGAAGGGAGCUUCGUGAUUUUGGAGUCAAAGUCUGCAUAAUAGAACCUGGAACCUAUAAGACAUUAAUAAUUGAGAAAGAUCGUCAUAGGAAAAACAUGGAGCACCUAUGGAAUAAUCUCCCUGAAAACAUCAAAGAAUUGUUUGGAGAACAGUAUUACCAUCAAUAUGCCAAGGGAUUAUUGUCCCUGCUUGACACAGGUAGCCCGAAGAUCCACCAAGUGCCAGACUGUAUGGAGCAUGCCUUGACCGCAGUUCACCCCUGGACAAGAUACGCACCUGGCUGGGACUGCAAGCUAUACUACCUCCCUGUAUCCUACCUGCCUACUGCCAUCUCUGACUAUAUGGUUUGUCGCUCCUCACCCAAACCGGCUCACAAACUGGAGUGA